AUGAAUACUCAGGAGAAGACAGAAUUACUAAUGAAUCUCCAGCGUUUUAGCGCUCACAGAGCCAUUGAAAAUGCUAACGGCAAUCUAGAAAGGCUCAACCUACUCCUAGAAAAUUCAAUAAAAUCAUCCGAAAUACGUGGACUGAUUGCACAAAACAUGCGCUAUACAGUUGAUGAUAACCCAAACAUCAGAUGGAACAAUCGAUACUAG